GGGUUACAUACCACCACCACUGCGGCAUGUCGUGCAACCACAACCCGCAGUAGAAAUGGAGACCGGUGAAACGACAAGAAGGCGCCAGCCGAGGCUGCAAUGGUGACCACUACGUGGGAUCCUUCGUGAGCCGCGUGCUACUGCUAGAGCAGACCCAGCACUCUCAUCGAGGCAGGAUGAAACAGUCUUUCGAACCGAGAGCGUUGUCAAGUGUGUAUUGUAAAUGCUAUGGCAGUUUCCUGUCCUCCGGCUUUAGCUUCGUUCUCUUUUUUGGAGAGUCCGGAUGGCUUCGGGUGCAUUGUGCUCAGCGGGCAGAGAAAGAAACAGAAAAUCCCAGGGAGAAACUCAUUAUGAUCCAUUAUCCCGUGUACUUGACCUUGAUGUUACAGAAAGAUGACAUUGUUCCUCCAGAUACGCGUCCAAUAUAUGCGCCAGAACGUCCCAAAGCCAAAUCAACCACAAUACAACCAUUUCCUGCCGUCCAUCCCCCAAGCAACUCCAGAUUCAGCCCAUGUCCCAAGUCUCCCAAACCAGUCCGAAGCAGCCAAACUCCCAAAAUGCCCUCCGGUCCAAUCUUGUCCACCUUUGUCCACCAAAGCCGAGUGCCGAGUGUCGAGUGAAGAGUGUUGAAUGCCGAGUGUUGAGUGUUGAGUGCCGAGUGUCCCAAUUGGUGGCCGUUGCU